AAGUUAGUCAAUAUUAAUAAUGCCUGUCACAAUUCAUUUCGGAGAUUGCCAAAAACUUCUCUGCAAUGCUGUUUGUUAUGGCUUUCAUUUUAUGAAAUAUGUGAAAAAGAAAUGCGGUAUAUCGGAAGAUGCUGAAAUUGUUUUUACCGAUCUCAGAGGUAACGUGAAGGAGGUCGAAGAAAGUUUAGACGAAUACGCAGAUUCAUCUCUGACGUCGAUGGACGGUGAAGAAUUUGUAAUGGUUGAAGUUUGUAGAGAAAAUCGCUACAGCCAUUUAACCAAAUCAUGGCAACCAAUUGUGACGUAUAAACCCGCGUUGAAGAAUAAAAAGAUUGUCAAUUCACAGUUCAAAGCUCGACUUAAAGUUCACAAUGAUCGUUUACUGGAUGACCAUCAUACGAAGUCGUAUGCAUAUAUGGUCAGAGAGUGUGGUAUAACACGGAGAGGAACGCUGUGAAAUGAAACAACGGAUAUAUCCUGAAUGAAUUACUAAUGUGUUUUGUUUAUCACACCUUUUUUAGUUUUCAUACGCGGCAUCAUAUUGCAAAUUUUCGUUAUGCAAAAGGAUUAUAAUGAUAGCAAACUUUUUAUAAAAACGUAUAUUAUCCUAGAUGUUUUAGUCCCAAAACAAUUCACUGUUGUACUUUUCGUUGAUUACUUAUAUUAU